UGCGUGGCUGUGGCGAACGUAUCGCGGCACCCCGGGGCGCAGCGGACCAAUUGUGUGAAUCUGCAGGCUGCUCGGCGACACAAUCGGAGAGAUGCUCAGGAGGACGGACACCAGCCGAGGACGCGCUCUGCUCAGAGGAGAAUAACGGCACAAUAGCGAGACAUCUGCCGAGCAGUUCAGCUGAGCACCAGACAAGUGCAUAAAAAUCACACUUAAAGCUCCUGAUGCUGUGGCAAACUCGUCUUCCCGGAGUUUGAAGACAGUACUUAACGUUAUCAGAUAAUUAAUUAGACCCCAUAAGCCCAGAAAUCAAUUAAUUCACAAAUCAAUAAAUCCAUAGUCUGGUGUAAGGAGAGACCUUCCAGACUGUGAGCCCGGCUGGGGAAUAAUACUGACACAGGAGCAACUGCCCACAGCGCCCAGAAGUUAAAACUAGGGUUUGUUUGGUGGAAGUGAAGAUGGAUGGGAGUCUUGGGGAGAUGUCCCUCCACAGCCACUCUGAUCUGACUCACACCCAGGACGGCAGGGCUAUGUUACACUCACGGGACCUUUCAGCUGCUUUCCCUAGGCCUUCCCUCGGGGGCCCUUCAAUGUCUCUGGAGCCCGAGCCCCGUCCUCCAGGCUUUGAUCACACCAUGUCAGCACUUGGCUACAGUGGUGACUCCCCUUCCAGCUCUGGCAGCACCUACACCACCCUGACACCUUUACAACCCUUCGACGAUAAGUUCCACCACCAUCACCACCACCACCACCCCUGCCUGCCUGUCAGCAACGUUAUCGGCAGCUUCACUCUCAUGCGUGAAGACAGAGGACUUGGCGCCAACUUCUACAACCCUUACAGCAAAGACCUGGCAAUGUCCCAAAGUUUGUCACCCCCAUCCACAGGUUCAGGCCUUGGCUCAUCCAUGCAUGGCUAUGGCAGUUUGGGCAACAGCCCCAGUGGUAACAGUGGCCAGAUGCUCCACGGCGGCUACGAUGUCCACAGCGGGAACCUCUUCUGUCGGACGUCAGAUUUCGGCCGUGAGAUGUCCCCACCAGGGCUUGGAGGAAGUGAUGCAUCAGUCAGCCAUCAGUUGAACAAAAUGGAAGUCCAUCAGCAUGCUCCAAGCCACCACCCUCACAUCUACAGCCAGCACUACCAGCCACACCACCACCCAAGCCAGCAGGCUUCCAAGAUGGUCGAUCACCUACACUCCUCUUCGUCAGCUUCAUCAUCGCCCGGUGAGGGCAUGCUUCCAGGCUCACAGGGUGGCGGAGAAAGUGGAGGCGGCGCCGGAGAGGAGAUAAACACCAGGGAUGUAGCCCAGAGGAUCAUCACUGAGCUGAAACGCUACAGCAUCCCCCAGGCCAUUUUUGCCGAGAGGGUCCUGUGUAGGUCGCAGGGCACGUUGUCUGACCUCCUGAGGAACCCCAAGCCCUGGGGCAAGCUCAAGUCUGGCCGUGAGACCUUUAAGAGGAUGUCCCGCUGGCUCCAGGAGCCUGAGUUUCAAAGAAUGGCCUCGCUCCGGCUGGAGGCCUGCAAGCGGAAGGAGCAGGAGCAGAACAAGCUAGAACGCAACCAGGGCCCGAAGCGCACCAGGCUGGUGUUCACGGACCUGCAGCGGCGUACGCUCAUGGCCAUCUUCAGGGAGAACCACCGCCCGACCAAGGAGCUACAGGUCACCAUCUCCCAGCAGUUGGGCCUGGAGCUGUCCACCGUCAGCAACUUCUUCAUGAACGCCCGCCGCCGCAACCUCAACAAGUGGGCAGACGAGGGCCGUCCCUCCUCCACGGGCUCCUCGGGUUCCAGCGUUUCCUCUUCCGCAGUGUCCUGCAGCACGGCGUGAUGAGGGGCGGCGGGGAGGGAACUGAGGAAGCAAGGGGGGCACAUAGACUGAUCUAGGCAGAGAUCAGCUGUCGUAAAUGUCCUCCUCAUUAUCAGAAGGAGCGACAUUGCUGUCGAUCAUAGAUUUAUGAAGUAUCUUGAAGCUUUUUCCAAACCAAAGUCGAUCGCUCCCUUGAAAUGGAAGGGGGCGAUACCCAGAGUGAUAUGAUAGCAGGACGUGAGGUCCUGCUGUUUGUAUAGUCGAGGGUGCAGCGAUGAUUUGACUCAAAGAAGAGUCACACCCUCCUCACACAGACACCAUCUCAUUGUGUUAUUUUGAUUUUAUAGCUCAAAGAUAAUGAGGGUAUUACAAAUCAGGAGGAAGCAUAUUUUGGUGUACCUUCAAAUUUGUCAUCACCUCUCCAAAUCAAGACGUGCCGUUUGUUUACACGUGGAGAGCUCCAUUUUGUAACUUUUUAAUCAAAAGUGUUAACCAUCAUCCAAAGACGUUAAUCCUCAACAGACUUUUUUUUCAAGAAUCAAGGCGCAAAAGGAAAAAAAAAAACCUUUUUCUUUUUAAAAAAAAAACUUCCCAUUUUUUUCACCGAAGAAUCUAAAUCCCUUUUCUUAGCAUGUGUUUCCAUGGUGAUGGUUCCCAGGACUACCUGUUCCAUGAUCAGAGCCUGGAGUUAUCAGGAAGGCUCUGCAGCGUCCGUGACUCCAAACUGUCAAUCAGUCACCAUCAACAGAAGCCCUGGCCUUUACUUUUUCUCUUUUUUUUUAAAGAUGAUCCCAUCUUGAAUGAAUCAAGAAUUUUCAAGGGGGGAGCCUCAGUGCAUCUCACCGUACGCCAGGACAGAAUCAAUAAAUACAAGUAGGACGCAGAAACAGACUUGUUGGUGCAAACUGUCUAGCUUUAAGACUCUGACUGAGCUUUCAGAUGAAAAGGUCAGCAGCCAUUUUUGAUUCAGAAACAAGCCAAAAAAGUGAAAAAAAAAAGAAAAACAAAGGCUCCAGAGGGAAGAGGUAUGCCUGACACAAUGUAUAGUGACAGUGUAGUUUUUUCCCCCAACACGCAUUUCCAAACAACUGUACGCACCUCUUCUCCAUUACAAAAUCUUUUUUUACAGAUGUCUAGAAAAAUGGAGGAAUGUGAUUCUUUCAGACCUUUUUGUACAGAUUUCAAGCACAUUGCUCUAUUUAUAGAAACACGCCGGAAGUGUGGGGGUCGUCAUUUCAGCCCCACUGACAUACAAGGUCAUUUUUUUGGUCCACAAAGGAAAGUUUAACACGCCUCCUUUUAGCCAGUAGUUAUAUUGAAGAACAAAAUGCAAUUACUGAUCUGAUCAACGUAUUUAUUACUGCAUUUGUGUAUUUAUUGUUUCCCUUUUUAUUUCCACUCUAUUUAUUUGGUUAUUUAUUUAUGCUAUCUAUAUACUGUAAGUAUUUAUUUAAUAAUGCUCUGUAUGUCUGUGUGAAACUGAAGACUUUUUCUGAUGGGCACUUUUAGCUGUAGAAACCCAUCGUAAUACCAAAGAUUAUCAUCCCUGAAUGUACGGCCUGAACCCCCUCAACCCUGUAUUCCCCCACCCAACUCUGACCAAACCCAAUCCAGCCUGAUCCAGCGAUGUUUCGUAUCUCUCUUUAAGGCCUGGUCUUUGUUUUCGUCUUCUGUAGAAUAACGGGGAUUUCUUUAAUCUUGCAAAUGUCUCUGCUGUCAGCUGUUGACACCAAGGCCAAAGCUUUUUUUGAAUGUUGUGAUAAUGUUAAUGACCAUACUGUCAAAGAUGUGGCAUCCCUUGGGGACACAGGUUGCUUGUAAAAGUUUAGAUCAAUGCCGUCUGGCAGAGUGUGGACCGUGUCUGGGGACCCACUUAAAGAGCCGUCUAGAGGGCCUCUGGGUAAGAGUCCUUCAGGGACAAAUGCAAGCAUGCAUACUGUGCGUUUGCCUGGGGAAAUGCACGGUUGUGACACCCUCUCCACCUGCUGUCUCCACCCACCCAGACUCUCCUGUAUAUAUGUUCAGCUCUGUGUGAGUUCGCUGUCUUCCGUAUACUAAGCUCUUCUGCCAGUUGUCUCAGUUCCACAGGGAUCUUAGGGUUUGCCCAUUGUCUUCUGAGGUUCCUCAUCUUGUUGACAUCUUGAGUUUUGUGUUACUGCGAUUAUAGAUUUUAUUUUCCUUUUAGGAUGCCAUUUUACCUUCACUGUCUUCUUUCUGGAUUCUUUACUAGUCUUCUGUUGUUCGUUACUCAACUUUUGUGGUUCUCUGGUUUUGUUGCUCAACCUUUGAAGCUUGGCAGAGCAGGUAGCUCACUGGGAUAGGAGUUGAACUGUCAGGAUGUACUGUAGAUGUGGUUCAGUUCUCAGUCAUGCUGCCUAUUUGUGUCUUUGGAUGAGACACUUAAUCUGCAGUGCCUCAGUCCACCUAACUGUAAAUGGGUAGUGGCCUUGACUGGAGAAGCAACAUGUGAUGGAGUGGUGUUCCAUCCAUGGGAAGUCACAGCCUCUCAGUGACUUCACACUAUGAUAUCUGGGAUAAGCACCGGCCUCAAUGAGCCUCAGGUUCUAGAUGCAGGACUUACACUGACUGUUUGUUUCCGGCCUUCUUCAGGAGUAUUUAUUGCCUUUUUGGGGUCUUUGUCUCGCAGGCUGUUUUACUGGCCUUCUUAGCCUUGUUCCUCAUCUCCUGGGCAUCUGGUUUUGUUGCUCAGCUUUUGGGUAUUGUCAGAUUUGCCCUUGUCCAGAUGGGGUUAAUUGUUACUAUCGUUUGCUUUUUUUUCCUUGCCUUCAGUGGCUUGUAAGGCUUGGCCUUUUAGGGUCUUAGGAUUUUUCUGGGGUUCUUGAAGUUUCUUCCAGAACAUGUUGGAUAUUCUCUUUGAAAACUACACAGGCACAAACAAUUAGAUUUUCCAGCCAUUGCACAGUUGAUGCCUAAAUCAUGGGAAAUCCCCCAAGAUUUGUUUUUCUGACCUGUGUAUAAAUGCUGCCAAAGACUGGCAAGGUUAGCCUAGCUGUUUUACACCCGUUUUCUCUCUUUUUCUUUCUUCGAUGUUGGAAGGGGCGGCUUGCCGAGGCCUCCUUCACAGCAUGCACUUGAAAGAGGGGCGGUCAUGAAAGAGGCCAUCGACUUUUUCGCAGACUUCAAAGGGAAAGCUUUUUUCAUCCUGUCUUCUCUCUGGGUAUCUGGUCUAGGGUCCGCUCUCGGCCAGACCUGUGGGCUUUAGGGGGCAUUCAAAAGGGGGUGGAGGGAGAUCAGAGAGGAGGCUGAAUCAUCCAGAAUGAGGACAGUGGCAGUAGUACUCUGUGUGUGUGUGUGUGGAGGGGCAGGGGCGAUGUUUGAGGAACAGGAGGUGGUGGAGUAGUGGAGCAUGGAACUGAAUUAAACUUUAAUGAGCAGCAAUUGUAAGCAUGCUGAGCGCGGAGGGGAGUGAGAGUGGGGGUGUGCUGUUCAAUCUAUACAGAAGUGGGGUGGGGGGGGGGAAUAAAGUUCCUCUGCUGACCUCUCGCUAGCUACUGUCACAGUAUCAAAGCGGAGGUGACACCUUUCAGGUUCCUCUUUGUCUCACUGACUGGGAGCCUAAAAUGGAGACAGAGCUGUUUGUAUUGAGCCACCUUCUGCUCCGUGUCAAGUGGAGAAGCUCUUCCCUGUCUGUAAGGAGGGGAGGCGGGAGGGACAAACUCAGUUGCCCAUGCAGGUGAUCUGCAUUGCUGUUUCAGCCUGUGGCACCCCCUAGUGGCUGUUCUAGAAAUUUGACCCUGAAGCUAGGCCAGGAACAGGUGCAGUGUUUGAGAGGGAAGCAUGAUAAUAAUAAAUCAGCAGAACUGAAAGCUAAUAUAUACUUUCAAAAAAAAAAAAAAAAAAAAUAGAAUGUUUAAACCAAAAAACAACCAAAGAUUGAUGUGAAACUGCUGAAUCUUUAUGGGUACUUUUAGCAGUUUCCUAUCAGAGCUACUGUAGCACUCAGAGGAUGGAAGAUAGCACCAGUAGGGGUCUGCUUGCUGAUUAUGUUGCAUAAAACGGUAUUAUGUUUAGCUGGAACUGAGAAACUGAUAUGAGACAGUGUCUUCAGAGGGACGUCUUUUGACUGUGUAACUCCCCCGUGUCCCCCAACCUCUCCCCUACGUGUACAUGAAUACUUUACCCAUCUACCUCAACUGUGUGAGAUGUUGUGUGGCAAAGAUAUUCCUUAACCAAAGAAUCCAUCCUGUCAGGGUGUCUGUUUAUCUUGUCUGUCCAUCCAUCUCUCCUUCAUGCCUUUUACUCCAAACCAAAUGUGCUGGAAUCAAUCCGUGUCAGGAGCCAAACCGGGCCUCCGUCCAGCCAAAGCUUAAAUCCAGUAUGCUAGUGUCCCACUGAUCCAUGUUCUGUAUAUAAAUAAAAUCAUUCUCAAGACCAAAAAAGGAGGUGACAAUCCAAGCAAGGAGGAUCUUGCUAUAAUCAACGUUGCCUAUUCCUUGUUUCUGACAACUAAUCAUGUGACCCGCCGUCAAAGAAAGCCCCCCCCAACCCCACCCAAUUCAACCGCUCAUCCAAAAAAUAAGGUCAGAGGACACAAAAGGUAUUUUUCCACAUUUGUAAACCACACCUCCUGCAUUUUUUUUCCUCCCAAGAAAUGUUUAGCGUAGUUGAAAUGCUGUUUGAUCCAACUGUUGUAAGUAGGAAUUACUGAAAUCCAUACAAAAGCUUUAAACGGGGACGAGCUGAGGGAAAUAUUUUGAGUCUGAGUUACCUCAGCUUGGACCCGGCCCACCAUGCUUUAUCGUGCCAUUCUUGUCCAUGUGGUAGAUUUACUAUUGAAUGUGGCUAACCAACCAAAGGCUUUUAAAAAAAAAAUACACAACACUUUAAACGUCAAUCAUGGUGGGACAUUUUGUAUCAACAACUAAAGAAAAUUCCUUUGAAUACCUCAUGUGAAAAUUGUUUGUUGUGAUGUUGCACUAAAAAAAAAAUAAAAAUGACUCAUUUGUAACCCAA